AUGGGACAGAACAGCUGCUAUACCUGCGGAAGGAUCGGACACUACUCCAAUCAGUGUCCAAAUCGCCAGCAAAGUGGAGGCGGAGGAAGGCCAAACCAGUACCAGCCACAGCUCAAAGCGAUGGAAGGAGUCCUACCGCUACCGCCGCCACAGCGACAGCAGCCAGCCUAUCGACCACGUCAGUCAGGAAGGCAGCCGCCAGCCCCGCAGGUGAAUCAACCCCAUCAUCAGAGAGUGUUUGCGCUUGAGCAGAAGGCUCAGGACAAGAAUCGAGGAAAUCUAGCAGGUAUUGAUGAGUUGAAGGGUGUACCCAUAGUAAUACUGUUUGAUAUGGGAGCAUCCCAUUCUUUUAUUUCCCAUACUUGUGUCGAUACUAUGGAAUUGAAUAUAGAGCCUGCUCCACAACAUCUAAGAGUGAUGACUCCAAUAGGCAGAACCACUACGGUCUCACUCAUAUGUCCUGACUCAGAAUUCGAGCUAGAAUCGAUUAAGCUCAGGGCUAGAAACCUAAGGAUGAUGUCUAUGUGGUACAUAAAUAUUAUUUUGGGAAUGGAUUGGUUAGAGGAGAACCAUGUGCCGAUACAAUGCAAGGAGAGAUGA